AUGGACAGUAUGAAGGAAAAAGAUGAAAUGCAAGAAACAGUGGCCCUCAGGGAUGCUGCCCAGGCAACACCUGCAGCAGCAUCUGAAAGAAAAGAAGAGUACAUUGCCACCUUCAAGGGAUCUGAAUACUUCUGCUACGACCUGUCACAAAACCCCAUUCAAAGCAGCAGUGACGAAAUAACCCUGUCCUUUAAAACUCUUCAGAGGAAUGGACUCAUGCUUCACACAGGGAAAUCGGCUGAUUAUGUCAAUCUCGCCUUGAAAAAUGGAGCUGUCUCUCUGGUCAUUAAUUUGGGAUCAGGGGCCUUUGAAGCGCUCGUGGAGCCUGUGAAUGGAAAGUUUAAUGAUAAUGCCUGGCAUGAUGUGAAAGUCACCAGGAAUCUGCGUCAGCACUCAGGCAUUGGACACGCUAUGGUGACCAUAUCAGUGGAUGGGAUUCUUACCACAACGGGCUACACGCAGGAAGACUAUACCAUGCUGGGGUCUGAUGACUUUUUCUAUGUUGGAGGCAGUCCCAGCACCGCCGACCUGCCAGGGUCCCCAGUCAGCAACAACUUCAUGGGCUGUCUCAAAGAGGUUGUAUAUAAAAAUAAUGACGUAAGGCUGGAGUUAUCUCGACUUGCCAAGCAGGGAGAUCCUAAGAUGAAGAUCCAUGGAGUGGUGGCAUUUAAGUGUGAAAAUGUGGCAACCUUAGACCCAAUAACUUUUGAAACCCCAGAAUCUUUCAUUUCUUUGCCUAAAUGGAACGCAAAGAAAACAGGCUCAAUAUCAUUUGAUUUCCGUACAACGGAGCCAAACGGCCUCAUCUUGUUUAGCCAUGGAAAGCCGAGACAUCAAAAGGAUGCCAAGCACCCACAGAUGAUUAAGGUUGACUUUUUUGCUAUUGAAAUGCUGGACGGUCACCUGUACCUCCUCUUAGACAUGGGGUCGGGUACUAUCAAAAUAAAAGCCCUGCAGAAGAAAGUGAAUGAUGGAGAAUGGUAUCACGUGGAUUUCCAGAGGGAUGGACGGUCAGGUACCAUUUCUGUCAACACACUGCGCACUCCUUACACGGCCCCUGGUGAGAGUGAGAUCCUGGAUCUAGAUGAUGAGCUGUAUCUGGGUGGCUUGCCAGAAAAUAAGGCGGGCCUUGUCUUCCCCACCGAGGUGUGGACGGCUCUGCUCAACUAUGGCUACGUGGGCUGCAUCCGGGAUCUGUUCAUUGAUGGCCAGAGCAAAGACAUCCGGCAGAUGGCGGAAAUUCAGAGUACUGCUGGAGUGAAGCCAUCCUGCUCGAGGGAGACAGCAAAACCGUGCCUUAGCAAUCCUUGCAAAAACAAUGGCAUGUGCAGGGAUGGCUGGAACAGAUAUGUCUGCGAUUGCUCGGGAACAGGAUAUCUCGGCAGGUCCUGUGAGAGAGAGGCAACAGUUUUGAGCUAUGAUGGGAGUAUGUUCAUGAAAAUUCAGCUACCAGUGGUGAUGCACACCGAGGCCGAGGAUGUGUCUUUACGGUUCAGAUCCCAGCGUGCAUAUGGUAUUCUGAUGGCGACCACUUCUAGAGACUCCGCAGACACCCUUCGACUGGAGCUAGAUGCAGGGCGUGUGAAACUCACGGUCAAUCUAGAUUGUAUCAGGAUUAACUGUAAUUCCAGCAAAGGUCCUGAGACCCUUUUUGCCGGCUAUAACCUCAAUGAUAAUGAAUGGCACACAGUGCGUGUGGUUCGUCGAGGAAAAAGUUUAAAACUGACAGUGGAUGAUCAACAAGCCAUGACAGGCCAAAUGGCAGGCGACCACACAAGGCUGGAGUUUCAUAACAUAGAGACUGGCAUCAUCACAGAACGACGGUAUCUUUCUUCUGUCCCCUCCAACUUCAUUGGACACCUGCAAAGCCUAACAUUUAAUGGGAUGGCGUACAUCGACUUGUGCAAAAAUGGCGAUAUAGAUUACUGUGAGCUCAAUGCCAGAUUUGGCUUCAGGAACAUCAUUGCCGAUCCCGUCACCUUCAAAACCAAAUCGAGCUAUGUUGCCUUAGCUACAUUGCAAGCCUACACGUCUAUGCAUCUCUUUUUCCAGUUCAAGACCACAUCCCUAGAUGGACUAAUCCUAUAUAACAGUGGGGAUGGAAAUGACUUUAUUGUGGUUGAAUUAGUUAAAGGGUACCUACAUUAUGUGUUUGACUUGGGAAAUGGUGCUAACCUCAUCAAAGGGAGCUCAAAUAAACCACUCAAUGACAAUCAGUGGCACAAUGUGAUGAUUUCAAGGGACACCAGCAAUCUCCACACUGUAAAAAUUGACACGAAAAUCACAACGCAAAUUACUGCAGGAGCCAGAAACUUAGACCUCAAGAGUGACUUGUACAUCGGAGGAGUGGCUAAAGAGACGUACAAAUCCUUGCCAAAACUGGUCCACGCCAAGGAAGGCUUUCAAGGCUGCCUGGCUUCUGUGGACUUAAAUGGCCGGCUCCCAGAUCUCAUCUCGGAUGCUCUUUUCUGCAACGGGCAAAUUGAAAGAGGAUGUGAAGGGCCCAGCACAACCUGCCAAGAAGACUCAUGUUCAAAUCAAGGAGUGUGCUUGCAGCAAUGGGAUGGUUUCAGCUGUGACUGUAGUAUGACUUCCUUCAGUGGGCCGCUCUGCAAUGAUCGAUCAAAUCCAGGUCCUUGA